CGCCGCCGCCGUAGAGCCCCCCGGCCGCCUCCGUCCCAUCCUCGGGCGCCGCGGGCCCGGCCCGGCCCCCCGCCAUCCCGCCCCUCCGACCCAGUAGCGGGACAGGACGCCGGCGAAGUUCCCCACGAUGUCCAGUGAUAGACAGAGGUCAGACGAUGAAAGUCCAAGUACCAGCAGCGGUAGUUCAGAUGCUGAUCAGAGGGAUCCGCCUGCACCUGAACCUGAAGAGCAAGAAGAACGAAAACCCUCUGCCACCCAGCAGAAGAAGAACACCAAACUAUCCAGCAAAACUACUGCUAAGCUAUCUACUAGUGCAAAAAGAAUCCAGAAGGAGCUAGCUGAAAUAACCCUUGAUCCUCCUCCUAACUGCAGUGCCGGUCCUAAAGGAGAUAACAUUUAUGAAUGGAGGUCUACUAUACUUGGACCUCCAGGUUCUGUAUAUGAAGGAGGCGUUUUCUUCCUGGAUAUCACAUUUUCAUCUGACUAUCCAUUCAAGCCACCAAAGGUUACUUUCCGCACCAGAAUUUAUCACUGCAACAUCAACAGUCAGGGAGUCAUCUGUCUGGAUAUCCUGAAAGACAACUGGAGCCCUGCUUUGACUAUUUCAAAGGUUCUGCUGUCUAUUUGUUCACUUCUGACAGACUGCAAUCCAGCUGACCCUCUGGUUGGAAGCAUAGCCACUCAAUACCUGACCAACAGAGCAGAACAUGACAGGAUAGCCAGACAGUGGACCAAGAGAUAUGCAACAUAAAUGACAAACUACUUGUGCAGUGUGAAGGUGCAGAAGGCAACUUUGCAGUGUGCAACAAAUCUUUAUAGCCUUUACAAUACGGACUUCUGUGUAUAUGUUAUACUGAUUCUACUCUGCUUUUAUCCUUUUGAAGACUGGGAUACUGCCCCCCAAAAAGGUAAAUGCUAUCAAGAGUAGAAGUUUGUAGCUGUAGAUUAGUUAUGUUUAAAAUGCCUACUUGCAAGUCUUGCUUCUUUGGGAUAUCAAAAUGUAUUUUGUGAUGUACUAAGGAUACUGUUCCUGAAGUCAACCAAAUAUUAUAGUGCAUUUUAGCCUAAUUCAUUAUCUGUAUGAAGUUAUUAAAGGUAGCUGUAGAUUACUAGGAAUUAUGUCAUUUGUAUUAAACCCAGAUCUAUUUCCAAUAUGUGGUACAUGCUGUUGUGAAAACUGUUUUAACUUUUACCUUUGUCAGUUUGUAAUGAAAGGAUUUCCUUUUUCCCUUUGUAGCUCAGAGAGCACCCAGUGUAUCAUCUCAAACACAAUAAACAUGUUCCCCAAGGA